ACGGAAAGUGUGGUUUCCGAUCGUUGCUCGUAGUGAAUGUUGAUUCAUUUGCUAUAUCUUAUCACAUACGUAUAUAUGGUGUGUGUGUGCAGCGCAAUUACACCAUACGAAUAAAAAUCAACUUGGCUUUGUAAUCAAAAUAACAAAAAUAUUUUUUCGGUUUUUCUUUUUGUUUAUGUUUUAUUGAAUACGAUCGACGUUCAUUAGAAUAUACGUUGUUCGUUAUCAGUUUUGUUUUCUUAAUGUGGCUUGUGACGAAUUCUGUGCACAGGAAAACCAAAAGACACACAACUUUUUUUCACGUCUUCUCGUGCGUUUCGUCUCUCUUUUCCUCAUUCUCUCUCUUCAGUUUCAAUUGCUGAUAAAAUACAUUGAAUCUGUGUAUAAAAGGCCUUGGUUGUAUACGAAACGAUGAUAGAAAUUACGACAAAGUGGUCACGAAACAUUGUUCGAUUAUUUGCAUUUUUUUAGACGAUCGCAAUCGUCUCUCUCAUUUUACGAUUUACGGCGAGAGGAAAAAUAUUCGAUUUGAAAUCUGUGUAAAAUAUUUCAUAAGUAUACGGCAACAGCAGCAGAAGUAACGUCGACGAUUGCAAAGUGACGGAGAGUGGAUAAAUCUAAAAUAACGUUAAGAAAUUUCGCAGUGAAAAAGAAAGUGUGAAAUUAAAUUUGUCAAAAACAAAGCCAAAAACGUAAACGAAUAAAAACCAUAAGUAAAAUGGCGUGUCACAAAGCAGACAAAUCGUGUGAAGUUAACGUUCCGGUGCCAGAAUGCUUUUCGACACCAAUGUUUGUCAAAGAGAAACGAUUGCUCGGCGCUGGACCAUCAAAUCCACCGUCUGAUGUGCUAAAAGCAUUGUCAUUACCCAUGAUGGGUCAUUUGCAUCCAGAAACAUUGAAGAUUAUGGAUGACAUUAAAGAGGGGCUGAAGUAUGUAUUCCAGACAAAAAAUCCCUUGACACUUUGCAUCAGUGCAAGUGGUCAUGGUGGCAUGGAAGCAGCUCUAUGCAAUUUAAUUGAAGAAGGUGACGUUGUGUUGUGCGGUGUGACUGGUCUAUGGGGACGACGGGCUGGUGAUAUGGCAUCCAGAUAUGGUGGUGAUGUGAGAUACGUCGAAACGGGCAACGAUGAAAUUCUUACAAUGGACACGCUCAAUGCAUAUUUCGAAGUUCAUAAACCGAAGAUAUUCUUUGUCACACAAGGCGACUCAUCCACGGGUACACUGCAACCGAUUGAAGGACUCGGUGAUUUAUGCCAAAAAUACGACUGUUUGUUGGUCGUCGAUACCGUUGCAUCGUUGGGCGGAACACCGUUUUUCAUGGACAAAUGGAAGGUUGAUGUCGUUUAUACGGGUUCACAAAAAGUGCUUGGUGCACCGCCCGGCCUAGCUCCGAUCUCAUUCAAUUCACGUGCAAUCGCCAAAGUUAUGAAUCGUCACAAAAAAGUGGCCGUUUAUUACUGGGACAUAAUGCUACUGUCGGAAUAUUGGAAUUGCUUCGGAAAACCAAGAAUCUAUCAUCACACCAUCUCGGCCACACUAUUGUAUGGUUUGCGUGAGGCUUUGGCGAUUGUGUGCAAAGAGGGACUACAACAAACGAUUGCUCGCCAUAAAAAUGCAUCAGACGAUUUGAAACUUGGCAUAAGCGAAUUGGGAUUGGAAUUGUAUGUAAAAAAUCCAACAUACCGUUUGCCAACAAUCACAUCGAUAAAAUUACCGAAAGAAGUCGAUUGGAAGCGUAUUGUCGAAAUCGGUGCAAAUGAUGCGGUUGAGAUUGCCGGAGGUUUGGGACCGACAGCCGGCCAAAUCAUUCGUAUUGGUCUGAUGGGAGAAAAUGCAAGGUCGGAAUAUGUUGCAACCGCAUUAAACGUUCUGAGAGAGGCCUUGAGAAAUAUCCGCGCACUUUCAAAUCUUUAAAGAAGCAAUUAAUUAUAACAAAUUGAUUUGCCAAACCCGAAAAUAAGCAACGGCAACCACAACAACAACAACAACAAAUAAGAAAGACAAACACACUCCAUAUAGACACGUUAUUGUAUUGACAUUUUGGCUAACAUGAGCUAUGUUAAUAAUUGGAAAUAAAUAUAUUUUUUUAUUCUCGUAGAA